UCGGUCCGACUCCGAGUCCAGACUCAGCUCAGUACCAGCGUGAUCCGCCGCCGUGUGUCCGGGAGCCGAACCCAAGCCCAGCCCUGGAUUCAAUACUCCUGAUCAAUGGACAGAGCCUCCUCAGCGGCCAGCAGCGCUACAGACACGCCGUAAACAACUCGUUCUCUCUGGCUGGAGCUCCUCUGGGGGUCUGGAGGAGGAUGGAGCGAGGAGGGGAGAGUCCCAUCACCCAGGAUAGUCCUGAGCGGAGGGGAGGCAGCCCGGACCUCAGCCUCAGCCUCCCGCCGCCGGGGAAGAAGGGCCGGUUGGAGCUCAACGGGAGCCCAACAGGGCCGCGCAUACGCCACAACGGAGCGCCGCCGAGACCCCUGGGAGGUCUGAUGAUUCCCGUCUUCUGUGUGGUGGAGCAGUCGGACGGAGGGAUUCAGACGGACGGAUGUGAGGGAAGAGAGGAGCACGCGGAGUUCGUCCUGGUCAGGAAGGAUAUCCUCUUCUCUCAGCUGGUGGAGACGGCGCUGCUGGCCCUCGGCUACUCCCACAGCUCGGCCGCACAAGCCCACGGUAUCAUUAAAGUGGGGAGGUGGAACCCGCUCCCCAUCCACUUUCUGACUGACGCCCCAGAGGCCACGGUUGCCGACAUGCUGAUGGAGGUCUACCACAUGGUCACGCUACGUAUUCAACUACAAAGUUUCUCAAAGCUGGAGGAUCUGCCGUGUGAACAGUGGAACCACGCGACGGUCAGGAACGCUCUCAAAGAGCUGCUGAAGGAGAUGAACCAAAGCACUCUGGCCAAAGAGUGUCCUCUGUCACAGAGUAUGAUUUCCUCCAUAGUGAACAGUUCCUACUAUGCCAACGUCUCCACUGCCAAAUGCCAAGAGUUCGGCCGCUGGUACAAGAAGUAUAAGAAAAUCAAAGUAGAUUAUCUGGAGAAGAUGUGGUCUGGACGAGACACUGCUGACAUCAAAAUUGAGAGAGACAACAUGGCGGACUUCUGUGUGCUGGGCCAGAGACCCCCUCCUCACUUGGCCGGCCUGGCCCAGCUCAGUCACCUGGGUGCUGGUAGUCCCCUCCUCAAAGCUGGAUCUGGAGAUCCACAGGCCGCCUCUCAACCACCUCAGCAGCCUCCACCUCCCCAGCAGCAGCCCUCGCCCCACGGCCCCCUCCACCACAGCCCUCCCCUCCGUACGGGCCAGGUGCCUCCUCCGCCUCCUCCGCCCCCGCCGGGUGCCCUGCAGCCCCUGCUGGGGCCAGGUGGGCUGCUCUCCCCUCAGCUCUCCCCGCAGCUGGUACGUCAGCAGCUCGCCAUGGCCCAUCUCAUCAACCAGCAACUGGCCGUUAGCCGCCUGCUGGCCCACCAGCACCCGCAGGCCCUCAACCAGCAGUUCCUCAACCACCCGCCCAUCCCUCGGGGUUCAUCCAAAGCUGGCGGCGACCAUCCCGGGAGCAACCCCUCGGCCGCCGAGGUCUCCUCUGAAAUCUACCAGCAGGUCAGAGACGAGCUGAAGAGAGCUAGUGUCUCCCAGGCCGUGUUCGCCCGUGUGGCUUUCAACCGCACACAGGGUCUGCUGUCCGAGAUCCUGAGGAAGGAGGAGGACCCUCGCACGGCCUCGCAGUCCCUGCUGGUCAACCUGAAAGCAAUGCAGAACUUCCUCAACCUGCCCGAGAGCGAGAGAGACCGAAUCUACCAGGAGGAGAGAGAGCGCACCAUGAACCCCUCGGUCGGCCUCCCCGCCUCCAACUCCUCCAACCCCGGAGCGCCACGCCUCUCGCAGAAAGUGUGGGAGAGGAGCUUGGAUGACCAGAUAACCCCUGAUACCUGGGCCUCCAUCUGGAAGAACAAGACUAAGAUCUCCAACUCGCCCAAGCCGUCCGGCCCGGGCCCCGACCUCCCGCUGAAGCUGGAGUCGCUGGUCAACAUCACGUCAGGCAUCUAUGAGGAAAUCCAGCAGGAGAUGAAGAGAGCCAAGGUGUCCCAAGCUCUGUUCGCAAAGGUGGCCGCCAACAAGAGCCAGGGUUGGCUGUGUGAGCUGCUGCGGUGGAAGGAGAACCCCAGCCCGGAGAACCGCACUCUGUGGGAGAACCUGUGCACCAUCCGGAGGUUCCUGACGCUGCCGCAGGCCGACAGAGACCUGGCGUACGAGGAGGAGUCCAGGCACCAUCACACCGAGAGGCUGCACACCGUCCUCCACCUGCCGCAGGACACACAGCUCUUUUGUCUUUCUCGUCAGGCGCUUCACAGGCCACCCCCGGCCCCGAUGAAGGAGCACCGCCUGUCUCCGAUGCGUGAAGAACCAUUAUCUGCCCCAGGAAAUGAUGAGGGGUCACAGACUGUGGGCGCAGGAGCCGGAGGCGGAUGUCCGUCCGGCGCUGUUGGCGGCGCUGGGAGCAACAAGAAGCCACGAUCGCGCACUAAGAUCUCCCUGGAGGCCUUGGGUAUCCUGCAGAGCUUCAUCCAGGACGUCGGCCUGUACCCUGACCAGGAGGCCAUCCACACCUUGUCGGCACAGCUUGACCUGCCCAAACACACCAUCAUCAAGUUCUUCCAGAACCAGCGUUACCACGUCAAGCACCACGGCCGCCUCAAGGAGCUGGGCGAGGGGGCUGCCGCCAGCGGCGGUGUGGACGUCAGCGAAUACAGAGAAGAAGAGCUGCUUUCCGGCUCAGAGGACCCAGAGUCCAGCGAGGAUGGAGCUGAGGAGAUCUACCAGUCCACAGAGGGGAGCGGCGGGAGCACAGGUGGGCUGAACCAGCCUCCGGGCUCCUCUAGCUCCAACUCCAGCCAGUCGUCCUCAGGAACCAACAUGGCUCAGGAGGAGGGCAAGGACAAGGGGCACGGCCGGCCUGGUGGCAACAUGGCUCCCGGGAGCUCCUCAUCCAGUCCCCGAGAGCAGGCUGACUACCAGAGGUAGAGACUGACAAACAGAGAGGAGAGGACAGAGAAAGAGAGAGAGAGGGAGGAGGAGAGGAGAAGAAACAAGAAAAAGAAAGAAUCUACGAUACAGAAAUGAGGAACUGGAAAUGAACGGAUGGAAUACGGCUGCACAGAAACUGUAUGAGACACAGAUGUCUCCAUAGGCACAGAUUCACCAAGAAACCAUGAGACUGAAUGACUGUACAUCGCCCAGACGACCAGACGGACUCCUUUUAGCGACAAUCUCUGACAGACAUCUGUGAAAACCUGAUUUGUGGAGUGAAUUACCUCAGCAGCAGACAGCAGGUUUGCAGUGGUUGUGUAACUGUGAAACAGUUUUUCCAGAAAUGUUUAAAUAAUUCACUCCAGACUUUCAUUAGCAGAUAAGACGUUUGCUGCCCAGGCGUCCAAACUACAAACAGACACACAGACAAAUCUCCUAAUCAGCCAAUCACCAGAAAAGACACUCCACAGAGGCGGGACUUCAUCAGCUUUCUGUCCCUGCGCCUCCUCUUUAAAAACUGAGCACAGUCCCAUCGAACAUUCCUCCCUAUAUGCUGAUUUAUAGACUGGAUCCUGGGGCCUUCUGAGACCUCUGCAAUCCUAGAAAUCCUCAGGACACACACUGAUGUUGCUAAUGCUGUUGGCUGCCUGAGAACAUGGAUAAACAAGACUUUCUGUUCAUCGUUUCACAGCGGAAAAAAGGAAACAACCACCGACAUCCCGUCCUCACCUCACCGUCACGCUCCAGAAUCACUACCAGUCCUAUCAAGCACUUAACUGUUCACACAGACUCUGAUCAUUUUUGUGGGUUUGAUGACCUCUGUCCAUCCGUCCAUCCGUCCAUCCGUCCGUCCAUCCUCUCGAUGUUUCGCAAAAACUGCGGGGUUUAAAAAAAAAAAAAAAAAGACUCACGAGAGAGAGAGAGAGAGAGAGAGGAGCAGUGGACGGUCUGGCAGGAGGACAGUGGACUGACAUCGAGAGGAUGUGGCGUGGAGGGACACCCCAGGCUGUGUGCGCGCCCACGGCUCUGAGCCCUUCCUGGCAACAUCCCGCGUACGUGUGGCGAGAAAAAAAAAAAAAAAAAA